GUCACAAACUGCUCUCAUCAAAAAUGGAUUUUCACGGACAAAAAAUGAGUCUCUCGUUUUCAAUUGAAAAUAUCUUGCGCGAGGAUUUCGCCCAUCAGCGAAGGCCGAAUUUUGUUUACUUUCCCACGCAGGGCGAGUUAGAUUUCGAACGCUGGCCAAGUUCGUCUGUUUAUCAGUGCUGUUCGGUUCGUUUCCUAAGCCCCGGCUUUGUGAAAUGUUUACCCAAUAUUCACGGAGUGGAGGACAGAUUACAGAGACCGAAUGCAGGGGCAGAAAAUCUUUCUUUAAAAGAGGAGAAGAAAUCGUUUGAGGAAGAUGGCAUGAGUUAUAAUGAAGAGGUGAUUCUCCAGGAAAAUGAUGAAGGAUGCGAUAAGGACUCUAGUCAAAGAUCGAAGUCGGAAAAGUGCAUCGAAAAAGGAGUAAAACCGCGAAAAAGAAGAAAUCGCAGCCAUUUCACUCAGCGUCAACUCCAAUAUCUCGACAAGAUUUUUUCCCGCCAACAGUAUCUUACACGCGACGAGCGCACGCUAUUGGCGAGGGGCCUGGAAAUGACUGAACUUCAGAUCAGAAACUGGUUUCAGAACCGAAGAUACCAGAAAAGACAUCGAGGGCAAGAAGACAAGAAGCGAGUUGAACCAGAAAUGUCUGUUGUUGCAUGAAAAUAAUAGUAGAAAUUCACCUCUACAUAAAAUGAAUUUUUAAGCCAAAAGAAAACAAAAAGAAGUCUGCAAUAAAUAUUUAUGUUUUCUGAUAUAAUAUAAUACUUCUGUUUUAAAAAGAAGACUUGUAUUUUUAUGUACAUAUUGAGUUUACUGACUUAAAUAUUGUAUCAAAUUAAUUUAUGGACGAUUUUUCUUAAGAAACUCCAACAUAUUGAUACAAUUACGAAGGGUUUAAAAGUCAGAACCGUAAAAACGGUGAAUUCCAUGUCUACUAAUGAUAGAUUCAUACUGAUUUGAACACAUUUUUAAGUUACUCUGUUUUCCUGAUUUCACCGGCAGUUCUACCGAACUAAAGCUUAUUUCAAACCAGUGGAGUUUAUAUAUGCAUAGGUACUUAUUCCUAAUGAAAGUUAUUAAUAGCAAAGAAAUUGCAGAGAGGUAAAUAUAUAUAUAGUAUUGAUGUAUUCUUGCAAAAAACCUUUUGAAUACAAAAAGAUAUCAUAUUCGUACAGA